GAAAAUUAAUUAAAUUUAAAUUAAAAGCUAACUAAAUAAAAUACAAACCGUUGACAUCGGUCAGCACUGUUUUCUACCCGGAGUCAAUUAGGAGGUGCACUCAUUACAAUGGCAACAUGUUCGAAAAACAGCGACGUAGUUGAUGAAAUAAACGAUCCUGGCGCCGCUCCUUACGGUAACUUCAUAAAUUACUACACCUUCAAUCCUCCAGAGAACCGCCUGAGUCUGAUUCCACCGUCACUGCUCGAGGAUUUAGGAUGCAGUGAUGAGACCACGCUGAUCCUGGACGUGGGCUGUAACUCAGGAGAACUGAGUGUAGCUUUCUACAAGCAUCUGGUGCCUGAGCCUGCAUCUGAAGAAGAGUCAGAUAGGAGGAGCGUUCAUCUCCUGGGCUUCGACUUGGAUGAAACCCUUGUUCAGCGAGCGCAGGAGAUCAACCGCCUGCACAGCAGAAUCACCUUCAUCCCUCUGGACAUCACUGAAGAUACUGACCAGCUGCAGGACUACCUCAGCCUGCAUGGCUGCUCCCACUUCCACCUGUGUCUGUGCCUGGCUGUGACCAUGUGGGUCCACUUAAAUCAUGGAGACUCUGGCCUGCUGCAGCUGCUCUCUCGCCUGGCCUCCAUGAGCCAGCACCUCCUGCUGGAGGCCCAGCCCUGGAAGUGUUAUCGCUCCGCGGCCCGGCGGCUGAGGAAGCUGGGCCGCUCGGACUUUGACCACUUUAAGACCCUGAAGAUCCGAGGGGAUGUAACCGAGCACGCCAGGGAGCACCUGGAAAGACACUGUGGCAUGGAGCUAAUCCAGAGCUUUGGCAGCACUGCAUGGGACCGUAAACUGCUGCUUUUCAGAAAGAGAUAAGGAGCACUGUGGAGAGUUGUCAUCAGCUGUGCAGGGAGGACAGCAGGAAAAGCAAAGACAGAUCAACUGUAAAGCUGUUAGAGAUUAAUCAGCUAUUGGUUUACUUUUCAAGUCACUUAAGAAAAUUGCUGCUUCAAAUCUAAAGAUUUUAUAAUAAACUGAGUAUAUUUGGAUUUUGUGCUCUUAAUCAAAGAGUGUGCAAGCACGCUGAAGUCACUUAAGUCAUUUUCCAGACUAAUGACUAAAGAAUUGCAAAAAAUUAGCAGAAGGGCUGUGACAAAUGUCUUUUUUUUUUUUAAGUCAAUAAAAU